GUUUUUCAGAGUUAAAAAUUGGUGUCGCAAUAGUAUUAUAUCGGUUAAAACUGCGCAGUGUGCACAAAACAACAAUGUCUUGCCCUAACGACGGAAACACUUGAAAGUGUAUGCUUCGUAUCGGGGAUUCCCCACAGUCACAAUAUGGCAACUUCACAAGACAGAGAAUUUAAACUUACUUUGAGGAAUUGGUUGUUUAACCGGUUGAAUGAAGAGACAUAUGGAGAUGCUUUGAAGUGGGAUGGUAAUAACAAAGGUGUGUUUCACAUCCUCUGGACGAAAAAGGGAGAUCCUAACUGGGAAAAUCAUUUUCAGAUAUUUGUGGGUUGGGCAAAGCACAAAGACAGAUUCGACUGUAACAGUCCAAUCAAUUAUGACAAACUAAAAAGCAAUUUUCGAAACUUAAUCAAGAAAACUACUGAUUUUGAAGAGAUUGAAAAUGUGAGAAACCAACAGACAGGAAACAGAAAAGUUUAUCGUUUUCGAAGCAAAGAAGAAAUAAAAGCAAUCAAAAAGCUGCAAUCACCGAAAGAUUCUUCACCUGACUCAGCUACUAGUCAAGAUUCCCAAGACACAGUUGAAGAAAUGGAGUCAGUUUUACCCGAACUCAGCAUUCAUGAUACAGACAUGUUUCUUCCACAAGAGCAACUUAAUGAAGGAGAUAUGAAUAUUUCAGUUCAAGCUGCAGGGCAACAACAGAGUAAUGUAGAAGGUGGAGGCAAUUCAAUAACGUUUUCUGAGUUUCUGGCAGGAUUGAACAUUGAUUGUGAAGACCUACCAAAGUUCACUAUAACUGUUCAGUACAAGAAUAAAGUGGUGGUUCCGGAAACGGCAUGUAACUUGGCACACGGUAUUCGACUUUUUCAUGGUAACUUGGUCGAGCAGAAUGCAAUUGCAGAAUCAGUUGGUUUAAAAUCAGUUGUGCAACAACUUGCCAAUUGUCCAACAUUGGAGCUUCCAGUAUCUGAAGAUCGUUUGGUUCAGAGAGUAUUGAAUGAAUUGGGAUUGGGCAUUGUGUUCCUGACCAACGAACAAGCUCAUGCACUAAGUGCUAUGAGAUUCGGUCGCAGCCACUUGUAUUGCACAUUCUAUGGCAGCCAUGCCUUGCAGAAAGUUGACAGAACAACUGAUCAAGAAAUAAAGUUUAAAGAAAUCUUCAACUAUCAAGAACAAAUAAGAGCCAUGUUGGAAAACCACGAAGAUCCAGGCAAAAGGACUUCUCCUUGUGAAAUAAUAUGCUUGAUUGGCUCUAGAAAGAAUAUCAUUUCGGUGACUAUCCGGCCAGUAAUUUCUGACACUUUGACAGAUGGUUUGUUCUUUAGUUCUCAAAUGCUAUCAAUAAGCCAUGAAGCCUCACUGGAUAGGGUCAUGUCUUUCAUGAAGGGCUCAUUCAAUGGUUCAUUUGAUAAUUCGCAACCUUCAGUUGAACAAUUUCAAAUGAACUAAAACAUCAUCUAAACAAGUGGAGCAUGUUUAUUGAUGUCAAAAACAAAUUACAUAAAGUAAUUCCAAAAAUGCAAAUUGGAGGUUGAAAUUAACUAUUAGAUUUUUAAUUUUUGUUUGGAAGAUAAUAUGACCAUGUUGUCUUUAUCAGUGCUGCAAAAAAUAAACAAUUUCUGUGGCAUUAAUAAUAAACACUGGUCAAACUAUUUUCGAACAAAAUUAAAAUUCUAGUAUCUAGCCACCCAUUUUCAUUAGUUACCUUUAUUAGCACCGAUGCCUGUAUUUUGACCUUGAUUAAUAACACAUAACUAUGAGUAGUAUUGCAUGUUUUAAAAUUUAUUCUUUGUGUGAAUAAUAGAAAAGUAAUCGUUUUUUAACUUGUAGUAAAGACCUGUAAUGGGAUUUUUUUAAAUUAUACUUCUGUUUUUAGACUUUUUAGUUUUAUUCAUUCAAAAGGACUUAAAAAAAUAAACAUCAUAUAUAAUCAUAAUGUAGUCUUCAAACUGUGUAAAUGGUUACAGCACGAAACCAGCACCCAAACGAUAUAACUAGGUAACAAAGUUUUGUUACAAAAAAUGUUUUUUUAAGCAGCUACUAUAUUUAAUUGACAGUUUUCCUCAAUUAUGUUUUACCCAAAUCAUGUUUUGAAAACUGUCGUGUUGAUAUUAAACUUCUUUCUCUUCAUUGUA